AUGAAUAAUUCUAAUUUAAAGAAAUUUAUUAUAUUAUUAAUUUCAGUCUCUUUAAUUUCAUUCAUUAUAUUAAAUUAUACUAAAUACUCAAUUUCAUUCAAAACUAAUAAAACAAAUAAAACAGAUAAAACAAAUAUUAUGGCUGAAGGUAAAGGUUAUAUCGUUACUUUAAAAGAAGAUGCUACUGAUGGUGAAGUUAAUUCAAUUAAAGAUAAAGUUAAAGAAUUAGGUGGUAAAAUUACUAAUGAAUUUUCAUUAAUUAAAGGUUUUUCUGUUCAUUUACCAGAUAUUAUUUCUGCUGAAUCAUUAGGUAAACAUAGUGAUAAAAUUGCAAAUGUAGAAGAAGAUAAAGAAGUACAUACUCAGUAA